AUGUCCCUGAUUCUUCCUGAGAAGUUCCAACACAUUCAUCGUGUGAUGAACACCAACAUCGAUGGUAACCGCAAGGUUCCAUACGCCCUUACUUCCAUCAAGGGAGUUGGACGUCGUUUCGCUUUCCUCUGCUGCCGUAAGGCCGAUGUUGAUAUCAACAGACGCGCCGGAGAGCUCACUGAAGAUGAUUUCGAGAAGAUCACCACCAUUAUGCAGAAUCCAUCUCAAUACAAGAUCCCCAACUGGUUCCUCAACAGACAAAAAGAUUGCAAGGACGGAAAAUAUUCCCAACUUCUCUCCACCGCUGUUGAUAACAAGCUCCGUGAGGAUCUUGAACGCAUGAAGAAGAUCCGCCUUCACAGAGGUCUUCGUCAUUACUGGGGACUCCGUGUUCGUGGUCAACAUACCAAGACUACCGGACGUAAGGGACGCACUGUCGGAGUGUCCAAGAAGAAGGGAGGAUAA